AUGGCCCGAUGCGUGCCCGUGCGCCACGGUGCCGGUGUCGGAGGCCGCGGCGAUAACGCUGCCGCCUCUGUCGCCCCCCGCCCGCCCCGUCCCCCCGCAGAGCAGAGCUACGGCGAGGUGAACCAGCUGGGCGGCGUGUUCGUGAACGGGCGGCCGCUGCCCAACGCCGUCCGGCUGCGCAUCGUGGAGCUGGCGCAGCUCGGCAUCCGCCCCUGCGACAUCAGUCGCCAGCUCCGCGUCUCCCACGGCUGCGUGAGCAAGAUCCUCGCCCGCUACAACGAGACCGGCUCCAUCCUGCCCGGCGCCAUCGGCGGCAGCAAGCCGCGGGUCACCACCCCCAACGUGGUGAAGCACAUCAGGGACUACAAGCAGGGAGACCCGGGUAUCUUCGCCUGGGAGAUCCGCGACCGACUGCUGGCGGACGGCGUCUGCGACAAGUACAACGUGCCCUCGGUCAGCUCCAUCAGCCGGAUCUUACGGAACAAAAUCGGGAACCUCUCCCAGCCCGGCCCCUACGACGGCAGCAAGCAGCCGCCGCCGCAGCCCACCCUGCCCUACAACCACAUCUACCAGUACCCCUACCCGAGCCCCAUGGCCUCGCCGGCCGCCAAGGUGGGCGGCCACCCGGCAGCGGCCCAUGUCAGUAUCCCCCGCUCCUGGCCGUCGGCUCACUCCGUCACCAACAUCCUUGGUAUCCGGACCUUCGUGGAGCAGACGGGGGCUCUGGCCGGCAGCGAGGGGUCUACCUAUCCCCCCAAAAUGGAGGACUGGCCCGGCGUGAACCGGACGGCCUUCCCGCCGGCCCAGGGAGUCAACGGUAUCGACAAAGUUGCUGUGGAGGGAGACAUUAAAUACCCGCAGCCUGCCGCGGGGCUCUCCGCUGUGGGCGGCUUCCUCCCGGCCUGCGCCUACCCGACCUCCAAUCAGCACGGCGUCUACGGCGGGCCCGGCGGCGGCUACAUGCCCCCGGGCCACCACUGGCCUGCCCAGGGCAACCCCUUGGCCCACCACGGGCCCGGCGUGGCGGUGCACGGGGGCGACCUGGCCGCGGCGAUGGCUUUCAAGCACCCCGGCAGGGAAGUUGUGGACAGAAAACCUGCCAGUCCUGUAGGGAAAUCUCCGGAUUCUCUAAAUGCUAUCCACGGACUUUCUAUCCCAGCCUCCUCUUCCUAG